CGGAUCUUCACCUCGAGAGGCCACCAGAGCUCCUCGUCGAGACCGCCGUCGAAUUCCAUCACCAGAGCGUGGAAGUGGCCGCCAGGAAGGCGGUGGACCCACUGGACGUCACGGAUACUCAUAUCGCGCAAGUGGAUGCCGACGCGCAAGUCGUCAGUGCAGAUGUUAUGCACAUCUUCGUAGACUUUUCCCUCUCCGCGAUUGAACCAAUCGCAAAAUGGCAUAUCGAAGCAUGGGUCGCCCAUGACGAUGGGGUCGAUGCGUUCGCGACGGAGGCCACGCUCGUGCAUCUCAACCGUGACGAAGCCGAAUCCUUCAUCGCGGAGGUAGCUGCGGAUUUGGUCUACGAUGUAAAGCCACUUGCUACCGCGGUAGAUGGUUUUCUUGCCCCAGGGCUCGCCGGACACCAUGUUCGUGUUGGGUUCGGCCUGAACAACGACAGUGAAAGCACUGACGGUGUGCUGGAUCUCGGGGCGCGUCACCACCAGACAGAAGUCGACCUCGAAGUCGAGACCGUUCAUCACGUUUCCGACGAUGUGAUCGAUCAUGGGCUUGCGCACGUAGAACUCCUCCCAGAGGAAGCCUCCGGGGUAGAAGGUCACGAUAGGCAAAGCGGGGGGACGCGGAGCGCCGACGCGGAGGGGCGAGAGCAGGAAGCCGCUGGCCUCGAUGGUGGAAUUGAAGGGGCCAGACCUGUCCAUCUUGAUUCUGCUGUAGUAGAUUGAUGAAUAGAUGGAUCUUGGGCUUUGGGGUGAGGUCGUCUGGUGUCGGCAACAGCUUCUUGUAGCAAGUCUGCGUGCUGGAAAUAGGAGGUUGCACAGUCUUUGUUUCCUUCA